CUAGGCAGCCUCCCCCCUUUGAGUGUAUUGCAGCUUUAAACAGUCCACAAUGCCUUGCGGUGUCCCAGUUCCAAUGCGAUACCAGCAGGAGUAAUGAAACGGGGAGAGGGGCUUUUUCCGCAGCUUAUUGCAGCCAAACGUUACUUUGUCGCAGUUCGUUGGAAGUGAUUUGCUGGGCAAUGGUGAAGACGGACACAUUUUGCGGAAUUCACGCCUUUAACGUUACCUGUGUUUUCACUCUAAACUUCACUUCGUAGAGGGAACACUGAGUUGGAUCCUAUUUGCACCGUUUAAGUGAAGUAGCCAGAGGGGCUUCAGCUGCCCUGCACCACUGGAGCCUUCAAUAAUGUUGGCGCCAACACACCACAACCGGCCCCCUCACUUCUGACCCAAAAUGGAGCUCAAGGUCUGGGUGGAUGGAGUCCAGAGGGUCGUCUGCGGGGUCACUGAGGCAACCACCUGCCAAGAAGUGGUGAUUGCUCUGGCACAGGCCAUAGGUCGCACUGGGCGAUACACUUUGGUAGAAAAAUGGCGGGACACCGAACGUCACCUAGCCCCUCAUGAGAGUCCAGUGGCUUCUCUGAACACCUGGGGCCAAUAUGCUGGUGACGUUCAGCUGAUCCUGCAUCGCACAGGCCCCUCACUGACCGAACGACCCCCAUCAGAAGGACCCCCUCUCAGGGGGCCUGAACGUGGGCUGCAUCGACAGAGCCUCCCUCCCCUAGCAAAGUUACGUCAUCCCAAUGAUCGCUCCCUUCGCCGCCGUGAACCGCGCCGCAAGUCGCUCACGUUCACGGGUGCACCCAGAGGCCUCAGGGAGAUACUGAGUGGAGGCCGAAUUGGCGAGGCAGAGGCUAAAAGAAGACUCCUCCUGGGAAAUGGUGGAAAUCACCACCAUGCAGGACCAGCCAUUGGAACUGCAUCGCCGGGCCUGUGGGCCUGUCGCAUGGAAGACCUGGUCAGACUGGUUGGUCUACAGAGAGAGACUCUCAAUGUGCUGGAGAAAAAGCUAGAGGGCUAUGAGGCGGAGCUCCAGGCCUGGGCUGAAGGGCGAGGGGGGAGAGGUGGAGGGUGCAUUGGAGACCCUGGUGGAGGAGGAGGGCUGAUAGAGGAGAUCCUAAGACUGGAGAAGCAUUUGAGAAAAAACGAAGUGGAGAUGGAGGAGGAGGAGUUUUGGGCCACUGAGCUGCAGAUUGAACUAGAGAGUGAGAGACAGCUGGAGGAAAGACUGCAGGAGCUACGAGGACGCCUGCAGGGCUGUGAACUGCAGAUUGAUGAAAAGCUGGCAAUGGUACAGGGUGUAGAGGCCGGCCUGGAAGAGGAGCGGCUGCAAAGGGAGCGGCAGGAGACCCAGUGGGUCACUGAGGCAGAGGCUAGGGCUCAGGUCCUCAGGGUCAAAGCAGAAUUAAAAGCCCAGGAGAGACAGGCUGUCCAGCUGGAGAGCAGCUGCAGAGCUGUGGAUCGGUCACUUGGCCAAAGCAGCAAGAAACUGCAGGACAUGCAGCACGAGCUGGAGCUGCUGACCAAGGAGCUGAGACAGGUCAACCUGCAGCAGUUCAUCAAGCAGACCGGCACCAAGGUCACAGUGCUGCCGGCUGAACCCACUGAAGAUGAAAGUAGUCACAACAGCCAUGGAAUAGAUUUAGUUCCCCUGUCUGGCUCAUUGAAGCGUCCCGUCUCAUCGCACCCGAUGUCCAGUCACCUCCGGGUCCUACACAGCCCUCUCAGUUCUGGCCUGAACCCAGAGGGGAUCUAUGUGUGAGACAGAUUCGCUCGGAGGGGGCGCAUCAUGUCUCCUUUCCGGAGCCCAUUUCACUCCAGAACACAUUUGUAAGUGGAUAUCUUUGUACAGGAUACCUCAGUAGCACACUACUAUGCACUGUUGUCUCAGUUAACUGAAGGCAACCUUGAGUGUUCAGACUCAAAUAGUGAAGGAACAUUGUUGAGCUUUAAAUGGAAGUCAUGGAGCACUUGCUGGGAAUGAAAGAUGGUUGGAAGCUAUGGCAUGAAGAAAAACACACAGCAGCUGCACGUGUCAUGGGUGCACAGUCUCUGAUUAGGCUUUUUAAACAUCAGGCUGUUGUGGAUUUUAUUUCUAAACAUAUCCACUUAAUGUACUUUUACUCUCACUUUAGUACCUGCUGAAUGAUUUGUAUUGUUGUCUCACAAGCAUCAUGAUUCAAAACUAUUGCCUUUUGAACAGUAUCCUUGAGAAUCUUGGUAUGUGAAUCUAUGAAGUAUAUCUCUAAAAUCUUAUGUAGUUUCUGCAGUGAAUACAUUUUACCCAGCGUAAUGACUGGUUCUUAUAUAAGUAAUGAAGGAUCCACUUGUGUCUAUAGUAAAACCGAAUAGAAUAUAUCAUUUUGCAUAUCAGAAUGUUUCCUUCUAGCUCUGACUGUCUGCUCAUGUUAAAACUAUGCACAAAUGGUUAAUAGUUUUGUUACUGAAGAAUGUUCCUGUCUGUAUGCACCCAAAUGAUGGCUUACUGUAAAUAUGUUUUCUUACUUUUCACCUUUAUUUAGUGAAUUAUUAUAUUUUAUUACAAAGCAGAGCAUUCACAGUUGCAAAAAUGCAAUGCCCUCAUUCCCGCAGUAAUAUCUGCGUAAUGAAACAGUGUUAAUUAUCCUCUUAAGCUGAUUUUGUGUUGUUUAGACGACUACACAUUGUAUUUUUGCCAAAUGUAUUAUGCUUGUUUUUCUGUAAGAAUCGGUGGCCAAAGAUUGGCAAGUCUUGUUGCAUGAUUGUGUUGUUAAUAUAGCCAUAUCUGGAUGUGCAGAGAACCCACAGUACAGUAAAUCAGUUAGUUGAACCUAAAUGUGGUGGCAUGAAAUAAUACAAGGGAUGGCUACAGCUACAGUGCGUGUGAGAGUGUGAAUGAGUCAGUGAUUAUGGAAACGUGUGUGUGUGUGUGUGUGUGCGUGCCCCUUUUAGGAUGUAGUUCAGCUGCUAAUCACAUCAAAGUGCCUUAUAUUAAUUCCACUGUGGGUGUAUUCAAAUAAUGUACAGUACAGCUUUAGUAGAGACAUUGAAGCAAUGAUCGUAGUCAGUUUAGAUCAAAUAUCGUUAGAUGUAUUAGUGCCACAUUGCUGCACAGAGAGAAAUUACAAUAGCACAGCAACAAAGAGGAACCUUUAAUUAUGUUUUGUCUGUCAGUAUUUUGUAGAAAUGUCAGUGGAAAUAACAUUACUGAUAGUGCUUUCCACUUUGCUUCUGUAAUAUUUGUCACCAUUACACUAUGUGCUGUGAAAUGCAUUCACAUUUAAUCUGAUUUAUUUCAUCAGGCAACCCAUACUGUGUACUGUAGUCACCAGUUUAGAUCAGUACUGUCACCCAGGAUUAAAUAGUUGAUGUGAUACAGAAGGGAAGUCCACCCUGUAAUAUUCAGUAUCUACAAAAACAUCCUCGCUACAGUGUGUCUCUCUGCUUUUCAAAUGAAGGAGAAACCUGUUUUAAAAUUCUUCUGAUAGUCUAUAUAUUGGGGUGGAUUUUCCCUUUAAGAAACCACUUGUGUGCAUUAUCCACCCUGGGAUGAGGCGUAGCUGUGGUCACUGUUUACAACCGUAUAUAUUCUAGAGAACUGUAAGAUGUCGAUUGUACAUAACCUGUUUUUAUUUUUUCCUGCCUUAAUAUAAAGUGUUGACAGAUGUAUGGCUGUAACUGGCUGCUGAUAUGACAUGGAUUGCAUGAUUCAAUAAACCAUCUGAAUGCGA